AGGCAGUGGCAAGAACCCAGGCCCAGGAGGCCGUGUUUCUGCUGAUGGUGCCACAGUACGCUCGCGUGCUUUGCAUACUUUGGUUGCGUUUUUUACUCCGCUCCCGGUUGCACGGUGCACGGUUGCAGUUUGCCCAUUCGUUUUUGGCCGUCUCAUCCGCGGUACGACUUGCAAUCAGCCGGGCAGCAAACUGCCGCUUGUCGCGUAAUUUGCCCGCCAUUUUGCACCAUUCCGCGUUUCCGGUUGGCGACCCCACUUCCGGUCACCGUUUUUGCGCGCGUUUUUGCCAGCCAUUGUUCUGGCCCCAAAAAAAAAAGUUAGAAGAAAAAAGCACAGGCUACGGCCGGGCAUUUCAAAUCCGAUGUCGUAAAUCAAACGAACGGCAAUUGUGCGUGUGUGAUCGGCAGGCUCUACACUGAGAGAAAGCUCAAUAAAACACCCGGUUUGAGAAUUAGAUUAGUUUCCCUCCGUGUAGAACUUGCCCGGUGGUCGAGUCCCCAACAAGUGGGCGGCAUUGGGAUUAUGUCCUUGCGGUUCACGGAGCAGUUGGCCAAUCCCCGGCAAAUGAAGUGCGGCAGCAUUUGAUUAUAUAGCGACUUCCGAACCGCUUAACUUGGCCGUGAGUGUGCGCGAGUGUUUGCAUGUCUUGAGAGCCCCGAACAGGACACACCGGACUCACCUCUUGAUUACGGCUCACAAUAGUACACUGCGCAACUUGCUCCUGUUGCCGCUGCUAUGAAGGCAACCUCCAGCAGCAGCUGCAGCAGUGCCGCCAGCAGCUGCAACCAACCGGAGCCGCUGGCAACUGGCGGUGGAUCCAGUGGAGUCAGUGGUGCCAGUGGUGUCAGUGGUGCCAGCACCUCGACGAAGACGCAUCGCCUGAACAAGGUCUCCUUCGCACCACUGGACCUUCCGUUUCCCAGCGGAGCCACGUGAUACGCGAAUGCGAAUGCCAGCACCAGCUCCAGCUCCAGCAUGCCGCACCACAACAUCGUCUGCGAGUGGCUGCGCACCAUUGGACUGGCCCACUACGGCGACAGCUUCCUGGAGAACGGCUACGAUGAGCUGGAGAUCUGCAAGCAGAUUGGCGAGAUCGAUCUGGAUGCCAUUGGCGUUGAUAAUCCCUCGCAUCGCGGCAAACUGCUGAAGAGUGUGCGCAUGCUGCGGGAGAAGGGCGCCGCCAUUGUCUAUGUCCUGAUCAACGAUCCCAAGGCACUGAGCAGCAGCAACGAGAUCCUGGCCACCGACUGUGAUACGCCGGUGACCAUGAAGGAGCUGGAGGCGGUCAUGAAGCGCCACCUCGAGGCGGAUGGCAUACGACUUACCGCCCAUCCGUACUCCACGCCGGAGGGCAAACGAGGCUACCUGGAGGGCCUGGCCGCCCACUACAGCAAACAGAUCAACAUGCCCUACGACGACGUGCUGGACGCCAUCGAGCAGGUGCGCCUGUCCAAGUGGAAGGAGCGCCACGUGCGCAUCUCCACGGGGCACACGCUCUCCCGCCGGAUGGCCGGGCCCAGCUGCAGCGGAACGGGCCUGGUCAGCUCCUCGGUGAUGCCCACCAGCCACAGCCAGCCGCUCUAUGUGCCCGGCAAGUACUUGCCCUCCAGCUGCCUAUCGAAUCGCGAGGAGAACGAGAUCUACAGCUACACGCAGAAUGAUUUGGCCAAUCGCAUGGCCCGGAACGCCAUCGACUCCAAGUCGGCACUGAAUCUGAACGGGAUGCAGCACAGUUAUCCGGGAGCACGGACCAAUUUCUUUUACGACUUUUCGGCAACAGAGGGCCGGAACAAGCACAAGCAGCGGAGAACGGUCUUCCACAGGUUUUUGCAGGGCCUCCGGCAAAGUGGAGAUGAGCUGAACGCCACGGAGGGAAUGCAGUUGAAGUGUAUCCCUUUGCAGACCAACGAACGCCUGAGAAACUGCAGCACGAUGAAGCGUCCAGAGCCGCAUCAGGACUUUGAAAAGACCAUACAGAGACUAAAGACACAGAAGGCGGCCCAGAAGAAGCCAGCCAGUGCUCCCAUGGAAAUGGCCAUACAUGACCGGAACAAGGAGGUGGCCCACACCCAUGUGAACGAGAUGCCGCUCAAUAAUUAUACGAAGCAUCCCUAGGAUUCGGCCCUAAGCAGCGCUGCUGCUUAGUACCAAUAUGCAGGAUAACAGAAAACACACAUACUCACUUAUAGAAAUUGUUGAAUCAAUCAUUAUUCUCAAUCAGGUGAUACACAAUGUUAAGAAAGGCAGGAUCAUAAUCAUAAUCACAAAGGAUGAGGCUAAAUAGUAAAGGAAAUAGAGCAGGCCAACGAAGCAAUAUUAAUGCAUUUAUAACUAACAAAUAGGAGGACAAAUAGCUAUAGGAAUCAUAUCUGCAAGUGUUGAGUUUAACUUACCUAUAGGACUAAUUGAGAUACGCAACCUGAUCACCACACCCAUACCACCCAUACACCCAACUGUAUAGUCCAACCUGACCAUUAAUGAACACUAAGCCUAGUCUAAGCAGCACUUCACCUCCCCAUUGAUCCAACAGUACAUUCUGCACAGAGAGAAAAUCGAACUCAAAGUAUAAACCGAAAAAUCAACUGUUAUCUGAAUCCUUUGCAAUUCCGACACUUGUUGAAACAAUUAAACACCCUUCACAUUUUAAUAGCACCGAUUCUUGCUGUUCACUCAAAAGCCAUUUUCAAACUCAAAUCGAAUCUAUGACCAAUUUUGGUGAUUACUUUUCUCUGUGUGCAUGCUGCCACCCAACCAGAAUCAAUCUCGAAAUGCUCUUGCCCCAAAGUCUAUCGGCAAUUAUUUGAACAGCCCGAGAAAGCCGCCGCAGCAGCAGUCUGCGAAUGCAUCGACAACUGGCCGGGGGAAUGUUGACAAAACGCAAAAAUCCAACAAGCUUAACGCUAAAUCAACACGCACACUCGCACACUUGCACACUCGCACACUUGCAUACUUGCAUACUGGCUAGCACGCACACACACACACACCCACGGCAGUCACACACGCAAAAACACAGAUGCAGGCUGGCAAACUUGUUCUAACCGCAGACGUUGCACAGACACACGGACAGACGAACGGACGGAUGCGGAUGCGGAUUCGGAUUCGGAUUCGGCUCUGGCAUUUCCGUUUCAACUUGGCACUGCAUCGAUUUUGGUCUUUGGUUUUUCGAGCUGCAGCUGCAGGCGGAACGGAACGGAACGAAAGAACGAAACGGAAUCGACCUGAAGCCGAAAUGGUCGCUCUGCUAUUUGCCUUUUUUGCAUUUUAAUUGCAUGUUGCGCCCGAAAGUAUGCAACUUGUCCUGCAGGCCUGUAGGUGUGCGAUUGUCUCUCUUUCUUGCCGUGUGUGCGUGUCGCCAGUGAUGGGAAGUCCUUGAAGCAGCACUAGUUUAGUAUUUUUCCUUGUCCCCAGGCUCAAUGCACAGUGUACUUGGCAGCACAAAGAUUUUUAGUAAAUUUAUAAGGUUUUUUUUUCAAGAUAUAUUGCUUUAGGGAAAACUUAGCAUUUCGCUUUGUAAACUUAAAGCAUUUCUGUUUCUAUUUCUUUGAGGUGCGCAAGAAUAACUCAUCUCUAUUCGGUGACAGAGAAUGCGAUUUGCAUUUUUGAGCCUGGCAAAGGCAUUUGAAAUUCGUUUUUAAUUUUGUUUGCUCUCUGGCCGAAAGGCAUCAAAAUGGUCGAUGGCCAUUUGCUCGCGGUUGUCUUUGUCAUACCACCAACCCCCUCCCCCCGAAAAUCCAAUUCCCUGCCAUCAGCCACACUACUAGCAAAAAGCCAGGGAGACAGCCGGGAAAGUUCUGGCCAUUUCGGUGCUGCAGCUGCGUUUAUUAUUAAAUGUCUGCGGCGCCGCGUUGAGCUGCCAGAAAAUUGAAACAUUUAGCGGCUACGUGAGUGCGUUUGCCAAGGGAUCAUCUGCGGCCAUUGCGAGGCCCGUUUCCGGUUCCGCUUGUCGCGAAACUGCAAUUAGCUUAAGCACUUGUCCCGCCGCAAGGCCCAAGCCCCAUGCCCCAAAUUUCUAUGACUGCCAUGGCGGCAGCCAUUUAAUAUUUAAUUUGUAUUCGUUGUCCCUCUAGCGUGUGUGUGUUAACGUGCAAUUAACCCUGCCAGGCUUCGAUGAUAAUUUUAUUUAAAUGAAAUUAAAUUAAAUGCAGCACAUCAGAGACUCUAUGAGUCAACCAGCCAACCAGCCAACCAGCAACCAGCAAUAGUGAAAAUAGUAUAGACAAACAAACAAACAAACAAACAAAAUGCAAACAGUGAAAAAAGGUGAAAUUAAAUAUAGGCAAAGUGAAAACAAAGCAACAAACUCUGAGCGGGCAGUCAAGUGUAAAAUUGUGCGCCAGUUUAAUAUACAUAUACGAUAAUUGUUGCACUACCAAUACAUAGGCAUAUACAGCAUAACAUACAUACAUACAUACAUACAUACCUACAUACAUAUAUAGAGCACCCAUACAACAGCACGGUCAGUUAAAUGGCCAAAAACAAUGAGAGCAAUCGGCAGAAAUAGACCAGAGACAGCAAUUAAAGCGUAAACUGUAAAAUACAAAGUCAAAUGCAGCCUGCAGCAUGCAGCAUGCUCGCUUUAAUUUGAACAAAAAUAAAUAAUACAUAAUAAAAAUUGAUUGGCGAAUGCGAGUGCCAUAGAAAUGGCCAAUGGCCAUAACAUUCACUGCCAAUCAAGCGAGAGGCAUUUCGAUAUUGAUCCCAGCCUCUGCUAGGUGUUCACGACAAUUAAUUUAUGCGUAAGCUCAAUCAUAAUUUAAAUUAGUACUGCCACAGCUGGCCGGCCGUAAAUCAGUGACCAGCCUUAUUGACCCACUUGGGGGAGCGGCGGGAUCCGGGUUUUCCCGCUGCCAGCUUUAACAUGGCCAAGUGGCCAAGUCGAGCGCAACAAAUCACAAUAAACAACCAAGAGAAAGAGACGGAGACAGAGACAGAGAAAGAGACAGAGCUGAAGGAUAACGAUCUGAGUUGGAAUCGCUGGAUUCUGGCUCGGCAAUCAGGCUAACAGAUAUAUAUUUAUUAAUUUAUUAUGAAUAUUGAUGACCUACGGUCUGCAUACAAAUAUACAUCAGCAAAUAUACAUACAUACCUACCAUUUAGCCACAUACGAAUAUAUUUACAAUAAACGCUGAUGGUGGUCAGCCAUCGACAAAUUUCAAUUUACAUACGUAAGUGUUUAAGCAAAAGGCCAAAGCAUUUCAAAUGCAAAUGGAACAGAAACCGAAACAAAAACAAAAACAAAAACAAUAACAAAAAAUCCGGCAAAUUGAUUGCCCAAAUAAAUAAAUAAAUAAUAUUUAUGAAAAUAGAGCACGCGCGAAAGCGUGUCAGAAUUACCCAUUUAAACAUAGUAAAUAUAUUUACACACAUUUGUAUAGUUAUAUGUAUACACCCCGCCCCUCGAAUAUUAAAUGUUUAAAACAAAUAUUUAGCGAGCAUAUGUCCCAAAUGUUUUGCACUUGUAAUCAAAACAAAGAAAUUGGCAAAUAGUCGCAAAAAGUAUAGCGAAAUUUGCAUACGUUAUACGUUCACGGAAAAAUCGAAUAUUUUUCAACUUCAGUUCACAUAGAAAUAAAGAGUUUUUCCCGAAAUGUACAGUAA